AUGGAACUUCCUGACGACGUCAUCCUCGAUAUUCUCAGCCGCUUACCCUUCCACGCCGUCGGAAAAAUCCGAGCCCUCUCAAAAUCCCACAACCAAGCCACCUACACUUCCUAUUUCAAAGCCUUAGCCGCCGAUCACCAACCCCUCCUACUCGGCUUCCUCCUCCAAAGCCUACGAACCACCGCCACCGGGCGUAGGCACGUGCUGUCUUUCGCCACCCCCCGACCCAACUCGCCGCCGUUAGAAUUGUCCCUGAGCUUCCUCCCCGGCCAGUCACCGCAAGUCCUAGCCGUCGCUCCCAACGGCCUCGUCUUAUUCCAAUCCCGCCACCGGACACGUCACCAGAGACAACUCUACACUAUUUGUAAACUCCCCACAAAGCAAUGGCAACGCAUUCCAAUUCCCAAGACGCGGUUUUUUACGUUGAAUAUUGCCAUGUACGUCACGCGUUCGAAUCCUCUCCACUUCAAAAUUAUCCGUUUAUGCCGUGAUACAACCUUCUCGAAACGACGUCGUUCGGUUUGCUACACCGUUCGCGAGCUUUUUGAUUCGGAGUCUUGGCGGUGGAAGCGGCUUGAGGAUUUAGUUCAUGACAAUAGCUUAAGCUUUGUCGAGCCGUUUUGUGUGGCUGUGGUCGUUGGUGGGUUAGCUCAUUGGCAAUUCUUUGACGAGAAGUCUAUACUUGCGUUCGACUUCCUCUCCGAAACAUGGUCGAGUUUCGCCGCGCCGGAGGCUAUAACGGUGGAGCAGGAGGCUAGGGAAAGAACCGAGCCGUUCAAGAGCUGGCACACGAAGCUUGUGGAGUACAAAGGGAAGUUGGGGCUAAUACGUGAGUUUAGGGAACCGGCGGCGGCGCGGAAUGAGCUGUGGGUAAUGGAAGAUUACAAGGAAAGGGUUUGGACCAAAAAGUGGGAAUUUUUGGAGUCGAAUCCAACGGCUGUGUAUGGAUCAGAUACUUUGAUGGCGAUGGAAAAUAAUGAAAAAGUGAAGUUUUGUAAUGUGGAGACAGCCGUGGGAUUAUUACCCUCCGCCGCCACGUUCAUCCAACCCUCCAAUUGUCGCUAA